AUGGCCGCCACUCAAGCAGCACACGCGGCGGAACAGGCCAUCGGCCACCAAGACGACGCCAUCACAGCACAGGACGUCACCAACUACGGCGGCGACAAGGGCGACUCGCGCGAGCUCAUGAAGGCCCUCGCCUGGCAAGGGAAGAACAAGGUCGAAAUCGUCACCGUUCCCAAGCCCAAGAUCCUCGAGGAGAACGAUGUCAUUCUCAGGGUCACCGGCAGCACCCUCUGCGGCAGCGAUCUCCAUCUCCUCCACGGCUCUGUCGUCCAGAUGAAAAAGGGCGACAUCCUCGGCCACGAGUUCUGCGGCGUCGUCGACGAGGUCGGCCCCAACGUCAAGAAGGCCAAGGUCGGCAAGCGAUACGUCGCGUCGUUCCAGAUCGCCUGCGGCGACUGCUUCUUCUGCAAACAAAAGCUCUCCUCGCAGUGCGAGAGGACAAACUCCAACACAACGGAAAAGUCCAUGUACGGCUCCCAGACCGCUGGCAUGUUCGGCUACUCUCAUUUCACCGGCGGCUUCGCCGGCGGCCAGGCCGAGUACGUGCGCGUGCCCCUCGGCGACGUGAACCUGCUCGAGAUCCCCGACGACGUGCCCGACGAGAAGGCCCUGUACCUCUCCGACGUCCUCGCCACCUCGUGGAACGCCGUCAAGGACACGGCCGUCUACCCCGGCGACCAGGUCGCCAUCUGGGGCGCUGGCCCCAUCGGCCAGAUGGCCGGCGCCUUCGCCGUCGACCAGGGCGCCUCCAAGAUCAUCUUCGUCGACACCGAGCCCCGCCUGUCCCAGCUCAAGUCCCGGUGGCCCGCCCAGCACGCCGACAAGCUCGAGCUGAUCGACUUCAAGAAGCUCUCGUUCGGCGUCACCAACAAGGAGACGGUCGUGUCGCGCCUCAAGGAGCUCUGCGGCGGCCGCGGCCCGGACGUCGCCAUCGAGUGCGCCGCCGGCGAGUACGCCAAGGGCUGGCUGCACGCGGCCGAGAUCGCCCUCGGAGCCGAGACGGACACGAGCGAGAUCGUCAACGAGAUGAUCGAGGGCGUGCGCAACUUCGGCCGCUGCGGCAUCACCGGCGUCUACGUCGGCUACACCAACCACUUCAACAUCGGCUCCCUCAUGGAGCGCGGCGUCCGCCUCAUCGGCAACGGCCAGGCCCCCGUCCACCUCUACUGGGAGGACCUGCUCAAGAAGAUCCAGGAGGGCAAGAUCGACGUCUACCAGAUGCUGUCGCACCGCAUCCGCCUCGACGACCUCGCAAAGGUCUACUACAAGUUCGAGAAGCACGAGGACGGCAUCCAGAAGAUCUUUGUCGAGACCAAGUUCUCCUUCCCUAGGGCCGAGGGCUCGCCGGAGCUGACGACCUUUUGAGGCGAGGGAGGGAGCCGUGCGAUUUUGUAUAAUUAGAUGUGGAGGGUUAGCGGUGUGGUGGUAAUGAGACACGAUCAGGACAAGAACUUGUUCUUUAGUACCUUUUUUUUUUUUUUCUGAUGAAGGGGAACGGCAUGGAUAAUGUUAAUAUAUUACGAGAUUGGUAUUCACUCACAGUUCAGAAUUUCAAUACUAUCUUGGCGUGACA